AUGCUUACUGUAGUUGGAGGUGCGGAAGGGACAGAAUUAAUAGUUAUUCAGAUUGAUGUGGCUUAUGGUGCAGUUAUAAAAGUUCGGAAUCUCAGUGCGAACUGGUUCAGUCAAAAAAGAUGCAUUUUGUCUAAUGCGUUGUUACAAUGUUUUGAUAACAAAGGCUUUUAUGUUGUCGAUUUAUCGUUGGAUCCGUUCACUGUACACUACACUUCACUUCAGUCUAUAACUGAAAUUCCAAAUUUAAAUGCAGGAGAAGUAAUAGUAGUACAUACUGUCGCAAACACCUAUGUUUAUCGUGUUAGUUUAUCGGAACCACCAGCGCUGCUUUUAAAACUGGAGAAAGUUGAAGCAGUUUCCUCACAUUUGACAACCAACGGACAAAAUCUUUUGGCUGUUGCGACAUCUGCGAAUAACAUUUUCGUUUAUGACGCUGUGAGUGGAGAACAGCUAUUCAUAGGAAUUAUCCCAGAAAAAGAUCCAGCCCUCGUAAAACUCAUUUCUUUUAUCGAAACAUCAAAAGAAUUCGAAUUUGCAGUUGUUCUGGAAGAUUGUAGAUUUGUUUAUCUAGUUGGCUCGUCGAACAAACUUGCAAAGGAAUGGAUCAGACAUGAAGCACUAAGUACCAUUACCUCAGUCGAAAUGGUUGAUUUACCUUUAUCUGAAGCACAAGCUGAUAUCGAGUCAGAAUUUGCUUCAAAUGAUGGUACCAUAAUAGAGUCGUUAAUACGGCGUCUAAGAAGUCAAAUAGAACAGUUUCGUCGUGGUUGUAUUAGUGCAAUAAAUCUGAUUUCUUCAUCUUCAAAUUUUUUACCAUUCCAUUCGAAAUCAUUUGCCGGCUGGAUGGCAUCUCUUCGAUUUUCAAGCAAAAGCACGCGAAAAAAGGAUAUGCCAUAUGAACGAGAUUAUUUUAAUCUACGAAAAAUUAUUGUUGCUUCAACGUUGAAAUCUAUUGUUUACGGUAUUGAUAGCAGUGAUGGAGCAAUUUUAUGGUAUAUUUAUUUGGGGAAAAAUAUUAAGCCACUGUUUGGCUCACUGGGAAAUGAAAAAAUCCCUCUCUUCAUACAACGUACUACAGCCCACUAUCAUUUUUCUCCACAAGCUGUCGUCGUUGCUAAUGAUAAGAGAUCAAGACACGUAGUUUUGAUAUCUUUUAAUCCCAUAACAGGAUCUUUAAUCGAACGGAAAAGCUUCCCUACUUUUAUAAAACGCGUUGAAAUUCUUCCUUAUGCGAAUGCACAGACACACAUUUAUAACCUCAUAAUGCUUGAUGAGAAUAAUAAAGUCACGUUGUACCCGGAAAAUCUAAGUGCAUUGGAACAGCACAUCCCGCUGCAUUUCUUCACUUUUAAUACUUCUGGUAAUUUAGAAGGUUUUGUCGUGGAUGCUUCUCGUAAACAGCUUUUAUCAACUUGGAAAGUGAAGCUCUCUUUACGAAAUGAACAAAAGAUUGUUGCUGUUGUUCCGAAACCAUCCUACCAAAAAGUUCACAGUGCUGGAAGAGUACUAGGUAAUCGUUCAGUGCUAUAUAAGUAUGUAAAUCCAAAUCUAGUCGCAAUUGCAGUACUUGAUUCCAUUCAUUCGGUUCUGCAAAUUUAUCUUGUUGAUGCAGUCUCAGGUUACAUCGUAUACAGUGGUAAACAAGAUAAAAUAACUGGUCCAGUUCAUUUGGUUCAUUGUGAAAAUUGGUUGGCUUAUUCAUAUUGGAAUGAGAAAGGUCGUCGUGUGGAAAUAGCUGUGGUAGAGUUGUAUGAAGGUCUUGAACAAACUGAUGCUCUUCAUUACAAUUCACUUGUCCAUACGGUGGCAGCACGAGUCAUAGCUCUUUCUCAGGCUUAUAUAUUUCCUCAAGGAGUGGCAGCAUUAGGCGUUACAGAAACUGAGCUAGGAUUGUCAACAAGAUCUUUAUUGGUAGCGAUGCCAUUUGGCAGUAUAUAUGUAAUUUCUAAACGACUAUUGGAUGCUCGUCGCCCGCUAGAAAUGACGCAAGAAUUAGCUGAAGAAAUGCUUCUUCCAUAUCGACCGGAAUUACCUAUUGCUUCUGAAGAUUUCAUCAAUUAUAAUCAAAGUAUACAUGGUAUACGCGGCUUUAAAACUUCACCUUCUGGCUUGGAAUCGACGAGCUUAAUGUUGGCUUAUGGUACUGAUCUUUUUUUCACUCAAUUGACUCCGUCUGGAACUUUCGAUGUAUUGAAAGAUGAUUUUGAUCAUUUGCUUAUAAGUAUUGUUUUAAUAAGUUUGGUAAUUGGAAGUUUGAUUUGCAAAAAAUUGGGCAAAAACAAUAAUCUAAAGCAGGCUUGGCAGUGA